CCUACAAUGAAUAGCUUCAAAGCCGUGAUUGUGUGUUGCCUCCUGGUGGCCGUCUCCGCCGGUGUAGACCGAAGGAGAGGUGGACAAGGAUCCAACAGAUUCCUUCCUGGAGGUUUCGGUGGCGUCCACGGAGGUGGUCUCUUUGGAGGCGGAAUCCAUGGUGGUGGUAUCCACGGUGGUAGUGCUAUUAUCGGCGGUGGAGUCUCCAAUGGCCCAAGCCAAUGCAGAUAUUGGUGCAAGACUCCGGAAGGUCAAGCCUAUUGCUGCGAGACAGUGCAUGAACCAGAGACACCUGUUGGCACCAAGCCACUCGAUUGCCCACAAGUCCGUCCAACAUGCCCACGAUUCCAUGGACCCCCCACAACCUGUUCCAACGACUACAAGUGUGCUGGCCUCGAUAAGUGUUGCUUCGACAGGUGUUUGGGAGAACACGUGUGCAAACCUCCCUCAUUUUUCAACAAUCAUCUCCCCUUUUAAGAAUGGUUAUUGCUAAUAUCAUCGGUUUCCCGGUUGAUUACGUAAGAUAAGAAAUCUGUGAUAUGAUAUUUAUUUUUGAAUAAUAAAUCCUUAUACAUUUAUAAUUGCAUUUCUCUGUACACUUUGCCUAUAAUAUAAUAUUAAAAUAGAACACCGGAUUAAAAGUAAUCUGAAUCAA